AUGUAUUAUCCCGAACUGCAGGGUAGUGUGCCUCAAUUUGAUCGUUUCUGUGAUAUGGAAGAAUCUGUUCAAGCAAUUGCUCCUGUUGAAUCAUGCGAAUCUUCAUGCAUAACAAUUUUUGAGCCACAAUACUUCGGAGGUGAGCAGCUGCAGAUGAGUGCAUUUGCAGAUUCAACAAUAACUUUAUAG